GUGGAAGAAUUAGCCACCACCGAAAUUGGCUGAUAUUUUAAUAAUCAGUCGAUUGACUAUAUAAAGGGAAUCGACAAUUCUGCUAAAUAGUCGUGAUCAAACUGCUAACACGAAUUUUUGGAAAGUUCUAUUUCUCGAAGACAAAAUGAAGGGAUUAUUUUUCAUCACCAUUGCCGUAUAUUUGGCCUACGUCGUAUAUGGUCAAGCGCCAACCGUGAAUUGCCCGCCAUACGACCAAAACUCAGAUGGGCCACUCCUUGUUCCUCACCCGUGCAAUUGCAGCGCUUACUACGUCUGCUUCUCACCUGUAAAUAUUCCCAUGCCAUGCCCUGUGGGUCUUCAAUUCAACAACGCCACGAAGAAAUGCGAUUGGCCAUGGAUUGUAAAAUGCAGGCCUCAAAUUAAUUGCCCGGGUGCCAAGAUCCAAGAUGCAGUAGAGUCUCACGAAGAACUAUCUCGAGAAGAAGAGGUAGUAAUCCAGGAAGAACAGGGAGAAGUAUCACGGGAACAAGUAGGAAAACUAUCUGCUGCUUUCUUCCACUAAGAAGUAUCCUAAAUCUACUUUUCUAUACAUAAUGUGUUUAAUGUUGUAAUAUGUAUGUCAAAUCAGUAAUUUAAAUAUCAUUUAUGUUAUAUCUACACAU